UGGAUCUGAUAUAAGUACAGGAGACCCUGAUAUUCAUUAGCAGUCGGGAGGGUCCGGGCUAAAGAGUCUCAAUGCCUUGAUUGUUCUUAAGAUGAAGGUAUGGAAGAGGACAGCUCCUGCUUUGAUGCUCCUCUGUGCUGUGUUGUCUCUACUGGUGUGCACAGAAGUCUUCUUCCGAAGCUGGAAAUUAAGUUCAGCAUCAUCUCGCUCUAUAACAAGUUUGUCACCAAAAAGACAGCGGAGAUUCCCAAGAGCCACAGAACGCAAGCCACCCAUGAUUACCCAAUACACUGCUCUUUUCGAAAGCUACACUCAAGGGGAGAUACGAGAGCUUGUAUCGACUUUGGUCGAAAGGUACAGCCAGUCCUUACAUUCUGGAGACGACCCGAAAAAUGUACCCAGGAUGAAGAGAGCACGUGUACGAAAACAGCCAUGCACCAUAAAGGAGCUGGAAGUGAGAGUCAGCGAGUUGGGGCUGGGAUAUAUAUCAGACGAGACAGUCCUGUUCCGCUAUUGCAGCGGCACAUGCGACGCUGCUGUGCGCAACUACGACCUCUCUUUACAAAGCAUUCGAGGCAAAAAGAAAAUAAAAAAAGAGAAAGUGAGAGCAAGACCUUGUUGCCGCCCUCUUGCAUACGAUGACGAUAUUUCUUUUUUGGACUCCAAAAAUCAUUACCAUACUAUCAAAGAGGUCUCAGCUAAAGACUGUGGCUGUGUCUGA